GAGGCUGGGCCUUGGCAAUCUCCUGUACAAUGGUCGCAGUCAUUCUCGUUCAUGAUCCCGGUCUCGAAACCCCAAUGCUAAUCCAUGAUAGAACCUUUUCAGUAAUCUCCACCGAUCCUUCUUUUAUUCUCUUUCGCAGGACUUGAUCCCGUCGCACUAUCGUAAUAAUGGACGCUUCCGAUAUCCACGAGACUAUGGUCGACGAGACCAUGGCUGAUUCCAUCCCCAUGGAUGAGACCGAUCUGGAGGUCACUCCCAAGACUGAGGAGGAAUAUGCCCAGUCUAUGCUCACCCUUCGCGCCAUCGUUUCUUCCAAGGAGGCCGGUGUCAUCAUCGGCAAGGCCGGCAAGAACGUCGCCGAUCUCCGCGACGAGACCGGUGUGAAGGCCGGUGUGAGCAAAGUCGUUCCCGGUGUACACGAUCGCGUCUUGACCGUCACGGGUCCUCUCCAUGGCACCGCUCGAGCCUACGCGGUCGUCGCCAGGAGCUUGCUCGAAGGUGCUCCCCAGAUGGGCAUGGGCGGCAUCGUCUCCAACAACGGUACUCACCCGGUGCGACUCCUCAUCUCCCACAACCAGAUGGGCACCAUCAUCGGACGCCAGGGCCUUAAGAUCAAGCACAUCCAGGAUGCCUCGGGCGUGCGCAUGGUCGCGCAGAAGGAAAUGCUCCCCCAGUCGACCGAGCGCAUUGUCGAGGUGCAAGGAACUCCCGAGGGCAUCGAGAAGGCUGUCUGGGAAAUCGGCAAGUGCCUGAUCGAUGACUGGCAGCGAGGAACCGGCACCAUCCUCUACAACCCCGCCGUGCGCGCCAACGUCGGUGGUCCCACGAACCCCACCAGCCCCGGUAACAACGGUUACAACAGCCGCCCCUACAACCGAACCGGUAACGGUGCCGACUUCAGUGACCAGUCCGGCGGCGGUUAUGGCCGACGCUCCAACCCCGACACCUCCAACCGCGGCUUUCCCCUGGUCACCGAGGAUGGCGAGGAGAUCCAGACCCAGAACAUCAGCAUCCCCGCGGACAUGGUUGGCUGCAUCAUCGGCCGGGGCGGUACCAAGAUCACGGAGAUCCGGAGGAGCUCUGGAGCUCGGAUCUCGAUCGCCAAGGCGCCCCACGAUGACACCGGCGAGCGCAUGUUCACCAUCAUGGGAAGCGCCCAGGCGAAUGAGAAGGCGUUGUAUCUCCUGUACGAGAACCUGGAGGCGGAGAAGACCCGCCGCAGCCAGCUGCCUCAGGAAUAAAGCACUCCCCCAGACCUCGCUCGACCUUUUCCUGUGCAUGCUCAUCACGUACCACCAUGUGAAAAACGGCCCUGCAAUCUACCCGAGGGAGAGGAAUUGAAUCCCUGUCUCGGGUGUCCUCAUGCCCUCCUUUUCCUAUAAUCCUUUUGUGUCGUGAUCUCAUCUUACUUCUUUUCU